CGGGUUUUAACGUCGAGUUUUUAAACUACAAAUCCCACAAUUCCAUUCAAGCGGUCAACAACUUCCGCAAACCCGGGAAACACGAACACGGUAAAGCCUGACCAUCAUGCCUGUGUUUGUGCUGUCAUAUUAACUACAUAAACAGACGCACGAUGGGCUCGUGUCUGCUGUCAGUGGCUGAGCAGCUUUUUAAAGACAUUCAACGAACCUACUCACAGACAAACCAGAUACCAGAUGAUUUACUUAUAGCGCUGCGGUUUGUGUUCGGCCCGUGUGCCCUGCAGGCUUUGGACCUGGUGGAGAAGCGCUCUGUCACAUGCGUGACAUCACCUAGCGGCCGAAAGGCUUUUCAGGUUUUAGGAGGAUCGGGGUGUCUGUACACUUGCUACGCGUCCUGUCACUACUGCCCUUGCCCCGCCUUUUCCUUCUCUGUUCUCAGGAGAAACGAGAGUCUGAUGGUGAGGUCACUUCCUCUUCCUGUUCAUCACACAUUCACGCAGCUGCACUAACAGUGUAAACACCUCCUGGCCGCCUGCCUCAGCCAGGCCAUGGGUUUGUGCCAGCAAGAGCAGGUCUCAGAUCAGCAGAUGACCCACAUACUCUCAGGGCAAACUGAGGCCAGCACAUAAACAGCUGAUCGUGGAAUAGACAGGAACUCCUGAGUUUGUAUGCUUGGAAAAACACUUUAUAUUCAUAGCUAUUUUUAUUGACUUGCCUGUGGUAUAAAAUAUUGAAUAGAUUGCACUUGAAUUGAAUCGUUAUAUAUUUAUGAUGUAAUGAAGCUGUAUUGUAAAAUGUUAAUACUUUGUUAUUUUUGCUUGAUAAAUUGCUAAAUAAACGAAACUAUAACUUGA